UUGGCGCGAAUCAGAGAAGGAAAACGCCCGCGUGGACGGAUUCGCGAGACGCCAAUAUUUCAGAGCAGCGUGGUGUCAGCGCGGGCGCAGGCGCACGCCGCCCCUCCAUACAGUGACAGUGACCCAAAUGGCGCGCCGGCGCAGUCUGUUCCGUGCGCGCGACACGUAGAGACGGUCGUCCGGUGUCAGUGUGUAGACCGCACAGUGAGUGAACAGCGCUCGUGUUGCCAUAUACGGUUGACCUUCCAAGGUAAGGGAACACCGAGUGCAUCGUGCAAACAACCAGCGUGUCGGACGGAAAGAAUGUGUUGCCAUGCGAAAUGUGACAGCCUCAGUGAAGGUAAUGAGUCAGCGGCAUCUCGAAUUUUCCUUUUGUGCGGACGGGUAGAUAAUAAUAGUCUGUGGAUGUUUAGUUCGGUGUCGCCACGCUGCAGGCUCUCACCGAGCUAA